UUGUUUAUUUAAAAAUGUUUAUCCCUCCCCUUUUUUAUUCAAUGAAAUGUGGCUCUAUUUAUUUCUGCCUGUUUUUGCCUUUUCAACCUUCAUUCCUAUUACUUUUUUGCUUUUCUGCUUCAUUCUAUUCAUUCUUCAUUCUGCUUUGCAUUCAUUCUUCUUCAUACUUUUGCUUUUAACUUGUACGACUUUACUUUGCUCUCCCUUAUAAAAUAUUCUUUUGCUGCUGAUUUAGCUU